GAGGAAGAUUGUUUUUAUACGAAAUGCAUUGAAAUUGGAGUUUGAUUAGAUGAUUUUAAGAUUUUCUAAAUGCUGUUGGGGUUAGUACAGCCAGACUGCAUUGCCCUCCGUGAAGCUCAUCGACUCCAACUUUUUGUUAGAUCUUAUCUUCAUCCUGUUACUAGAAAGCUGUAAUUUGGAUCUGGCAAAUUUUUGGACAAUUUCCAGUCUCUUCGUCAGGUCAUUCAUUGGAUAGACUACAACACAUUACGUUUAUCGGAAUUUCAGUUCUUAAGAGGAAUCCAUACCCACUUUGAAAUGAUGUUACUUAUAAUUUCACGAAAAGUUGUUUGAUUUUCAUGCAGCUUACACCGAUCGCUUCGAAAAAAUAUUCUUGAGAUGGGUAACUAUUGUUUCUCGAUUUUUCUUCAAUAAAAAAAAAUCUAUACUUGAUUGUUUAUAAAUAAUGGAAAAUGGGGGUUUCCCUCCAGUGAAUAUAUGUUUUAAAAAUUCGGUACAUUUCCAAAUCAUUACAUUUUCAAAUUAAACCAUUGAGAAGUAAAAUAGAAAAUGCAUUUUCGGCAUCCAGUUCAUGGCGUCCUCUAAUCAUUCGAGAAUUCGUUUUCCGAGAUUGCAAUUGCAAACCACCCCGAACCCACAGGCGUACGGAAUCUUACGCAGACAUAUUACGUUCACUGUAUCAGUGUGAGUUUGUAUUUAUAUGAAUUAUGUUAUUACGUUUCGGUAAAUAUAUACUUUUUGGUUCUUUUGUGAUCAUGGGAAAGAUAAAAGGCAGGCUAGGCGUUGCGGAGGGAAAACGAUUGUUCGCAAGUGAGAAAAGACGUAGUCGUAGAAAUGUCGGAAAGAAAUCAUUGAUGACAAGGACAAAGUCAACUACUGACAAUUCUAAAAAGAGUGAAGAGUUCAUUUCCACCUUUCCAACAUCUGUUCAAGUUUCGGAAAGGUAAUCCAUUAUUCCCAUGAAACAUAGUACUUCCUUGUGGAUACAUCAGCAGAUCAAUCAAACAUUUAUUUUUCAGUGAUAAUAUCAGUGAUGAUGUUUAGUCAAUGUGUAGCAAAUAUCUCUCUGCCGUAGCCUCACCCGUUCAAAAUGUGGAAACGACUGAUAAGAUUACCCAAAGGUCUUGUAUAGGCAUAUCUCUGCAGGGGCGACGUUUGACAGAUAUCGGAUAUUUAUUUAUUUCUGCAAUUAGCAGAAAUAUCUAAGCACCCACCAUUCGAUUGUACAUUGAGUGAUAUGUAUCCAACUCAUGAAUAUAAAAUGGGUUUGAAAACCAAAGUUAGUAUGCAAAAUGUGCAAUAUCAAAAAAACAUUCAUCUUAUAGAAGAAACCGACGGAGGAAUGGACAUAAAUAGCGUUUUAACGUUGGCCACAGUUUCAACCGGAAAUGGCUACUCUACAGUAAAUGAGAUGCUCUCUGUUUUAAAUGUACCGUUCAUGAGUAACUCUACUUAUCAGCAACACCACGAAAAUGUAGCUGAUAUCAUUGAAGAGACUGCUUGGAAGGUCAUGGAGGAAGCAGGUCAAGAAGAGGCUCGAAUAGCUCAGGAUUUAGGAGAGAUUGUUAAGGACGAUUUAUUUUGGACGAAUGAUAUGAAACCAAAAUUAGAGAUUUCUUACAUGGCUUGCCUCUUGCCAGAACUGAUAGAUCCUAGAUACCUGAGGAAAUUGGAAAUUAGCAAUCCACCACGACAGUAAACAUACAGAAAUGAAUUUCGUUCAAUAAAACAUACUAAUGAAAAAACGUUAGCUGCGUAUUAAUCCUCACAAAAUACAUUCGACAUCAUAUUUUUGAUACCUAAAUAAAUACAUUUCAAAUUG